CUGGAGGUUCUUAAAAAUCUCACAUUGAACAUGCUGUACACAUUUAUUGCAUUUGUUCACAAGGGGAACCACUUUUGACUUGGUGUGUUUCGCAAUCCUAGUGCUGAAGGACUCUAUAGCGGUGCAUAUUUUGGAUGUUUCUCCUAUAUAAUACACCCUUAACUGGGCUUGGAGUCUAUACAAAUAAGCUCUCAGUAAAAUCAGGUGUGUUACAUAAAGGGGACGUCCAAGAUCUGGGGUCCUCCAGGCCCAGGUUUGAGAAAAACAACACCAGUCUUGUCUGAAAACGUCAGUUAUUGUGUUGUGAAAUGUUUUCAACUCCUCUUUGCUCCUCCCUUUAUUUUUAGAAAAUGAGUCAUUUCCUGGCAUGAAAAGGACUUUCUGGAAGAAUACGCACUGUUGUUGUGAAAAUGUUUUUUACCGUGGCUUUAGUGGAAACCUUUCUCAUGCAUAUGUUCACCACAGCAGGUGCUUUACUUGGUGCUCUUUUGUUGCUUUUGGUAAUUUAUCUCCUCUCCAUCGACUCCUCUAACUCUCCAGAAAAGGAAAAAGAACCUCCAGGACCCAAACCACUGCCACUGCUGGGGAACCUGCACCAACUGGACCUCAGAAGACUUCAUGUGAGCCUCUCAGAUUUGUCCAAGAAAUAUGGGUCAGUUUUCCAAGUGCAUUUUGGACCCAAAAAAGUAGUGGUUCUGUCUGGAUACAAAACAGUAAAACAAGCACUUGUGAACCAGGCUGAAGAAUUUGGGGAACGAGAUAUUACACCUGUGUUCCAAGACAUCAAUGAAGGGCACGGAAUCGUCUUUGCUAAUGGUGAAAGCUGGAAGACCAUGCGAAGGUUCGCUCUCUCAACUCUUCGAGACUUUGGAAUGGGCAAGAAACUGAUCGAAGACAAAAUCAUAGAGGAGACACAUUUUCUGAACAAAGUAUUUGAACAUUUCCAAGGAAAUCCAUUCGACACAACCCAGCCGGUAAAUUACGCAGUCUCCAACAUCAUCUCAGCUAUUGUUUAUGGGAAUCGGUUUGAAUAUGAAGACCCAAAGUUUAAGGAUGUGGUUGACAGGGCAAACAAGAACAUCCGCAUGAUUGGUUCCACUGUGAUACAGAUCUACAACAUGUGUCCAGUGCUUGGGCCAUGGCUGAAGACGUGGACAGAGCUGAUGAAAAAUAUCGAAAGCAACAGGAGAGAAAUGCAGGAGCUGGUGAACCGCUUACAGGAGACCUUGAACCCCCUUGACUGCAGAGGAUUCAUUGACUCGUUCUUCAUACGCAAACAAAGCAUAGAAGACUCUGGAGAAAAUGCUUCGCACUUCCAUGAUCAGAACCUUCUUAUCACUGUGUCAAACCUAUUUGUUGCUGGUACUGAUACAACAGGCACAACACUGCGCUGGGGUCUGUUGUUCAUGGCCAAAUACCCUAAUAUACAAGAUCGGGUUCAUGAGGAGAUCGACAGAGUACUUGCUGGGCAUGAACCGGCUACAGAGGACAGGAAGAACUUACCUUAUACAGACGCUGUGAUCCAUGAAAUCCAGAGGCUGGCCGACAUAGUACCAAUGAAUAUUCCACAUUCAACCAGCUGUGAUGUUCACUUCAAUGGAUACUUCAUCAAGAAGGGGACGUGUGUUCUACCCCUGUUGACAUCUGUGUUGAAGGAUGAGAACGAGUGGGAGACGCCCAACACAUUCAACCCUGCACACUUUCUAGACGAGAAUGGUCAGCUGAUCAAACGAGAUGCAUUCAUGCCCUUCUCUGCAGGCCGCAGGAUGUGUCUUGGAGAAGGUUUGGCCAGGAUGGAGCUCUUCCUGUUCUUCACCUCUCUCUUUCAGCACUUCCGAUUCACUCCUCCACCUGGAGUGUCUGAAGAUGAUCUGGACCUCACACCAGUCAUGGGCCUUAUCUAUAAUCCGUCCCCACAUAAACUGUGUGCAGUCAGUAGGAUGGAAAGACAGCAAAACUGAUCCAUCACUCAACUGGAAAGCUGAUACAAUUGCAAAUCACAACACAGCUAUUCAUUUCAGCUUGACCACUGCAUUUGUUUUAGAUUAAACAGGCCGGAUGUUUUUGAAAAUUAAAAGGGCUCAGCUCUAUAAUAUUAUAUUAUUUUAUUGCCUUAUCUGAUAGGGUGAUGUACAGUGUUUUAUGUAUAUUCUGUGCUGGUGUGUGGGUGGUUGAGGUGACAUGACCUUUUUGUGGUUCCAAACAUCAAACACAAAUAAAUAAAAAAUUAAAUUAGUCAAAAAACGUUUUUAUAUCGUUCAGAACAUGCUGCUUUAUGUGAACAUACUGAACAUUCAUACAUUUCAUCACUCACUUUUUUCACAAUUUUCAACCAAACAUGAAAAAGCUCAUAUGGUGUGACUGUCCCAAGCUAGAAAAAUAAACGAAACUCUCCUUCAUAAAGCCCAGAAUGAUAACACAGAUCUCUAUUUGUGAGUCUGCUCUUUUCAAAGUCCAGGCAUAAUAUUUUGAGUCAGCUCUGAUCAAAAAGAUUUCAAAUGGUUUGACAUUAUAUUGUGAUAUUUAAACGAGCAAUUGUUUGGAGACCCUUGGGGAGGAGGGGUCCUUGUUCAACCAGGAAGUACAGAAAACAUCUCACAAGCACAUGGAAGGGUUACAAGGUGUUGCAUUUUGUCAUUUUUUCAAUCAAUCAAAUCUUUUUGGCACUCCUACUUCAGUACCCUUUCCCAGUGUCUAUUUGUGUGAUGCUUUUUACAUAAAAAUGUCAAAGAUAAAUGACUUUUUGUUGUUAUUACUAUUAAAUAUGUUACCAUGUUGCAGUGGGUAUGCUGUUAGGAUGUUAGUAUCUAACCACAAGUGCAUGAAACCUCAUCUGGUGUGCCACUACAUCAUAUUGUGUGAUGUCACCUCAUAUGAUCCAUUUGUCACUCCAUAUAAUAUGAACUGUAUUUUCCUACACACAGAAUCAUUACUUAUUCUUGUAUUUUUCUCACUAAAAGUUAAGUUUAAUGUAUGUUUUGUCCUUUUUAACAAAUUAUAUAUGAAUGCAUGUAUACCUACUCUACUUUCCUACUCCAUUUGCAGGGUUGGGAGGGUUACUUUUGAAAUGUAUUCCACUACAGAUUACAGAAUACAUGCUGUAAAAUGUAAUUUGUAAUGUAUUCCGUUAGAUUACUCAAGGUCAGUAAUGUAAUCUAAAUAUUUUGGAUUACUUCUUCAGCACUGGUAGAUUUUUUCACUUGUUUUGACUAUAAAAACUCUGCCAGUACAGCAAGACAAAAUACACAUGUUAAAAAUACAUUCUCUGAGUGUUGUUUCUAAAACAAGAUCAAUCAAAUUGAUCUUGUUUUAAGGAUUUGUAGAUAUUUUUACAGGAAAACAAUACAAAAAUGAUCAUCAAGAAUAUGAUUUUUGCCCUAAUAUCAAAGAUCUUUCUAGAAAAAAAUAAAUUAUGAUCUAAUGUGAAUUGUCUUGACAAUACUGUAAUAUGAUCAUGUCUGGUAACAUGUGCAUGUAAAGUGGCUAGUAGUAGUAUUUUAGCUUAGCGUAAAGCUAACACACAAGGUUUAUUUCUAUUUAUUCUACAUCAAACUUAUUUCAAACGUACUUCAAACUUAUUUCAAACGUACUUCUCUGUCUGCUCGUAUGAAUGUAACACAUCAUAAGAAAGUGUUUCACCGCUGUUCAAAUGCACUUUGGAUCAAUUUAUAUGUAUAAAUGUUUUCCAUCUGAAAGCAAUGACAAUAAAAUGCAAAGAAAUCUCUUCAUUAAUCAAAAUACUUUUUGAAUGUAACUAUAAUCUAAUUACCAAUGAUUUAAACUGUAACUGCAGUGGAAUACAGUUACUUAUAUUUUGUAUUUUAAAUAUGUAAUC